AUGACUCGCUCUGAGGAUAUACAAACAGACGUACCGGGAACGGUUUACCUCGUCGACGCAGGGGGAAACCUGAGCGACGCUGCCCAUGCUGGCAGUCAGGAUAUCAUACUGAUUCCCCAGCCGACUUCAUCAGUUGCCGAUCCUUUGAACUGGCCCAGGUACAAGAAAUACUGGACGCUCUUUCUGAUUUCUGCCUACGCAUGCUUGAACUCCUUUGGCGAGAACAAUUGGGGAGCAGCAUGGACAACAAUCUCGGAGGAUACCGGUGUGAGCUUGAGCAAUAUGAACGGUGGCUCUGCUCUCAACUAUCUCAUGCUCGGCUUUUUCAACAUAAUCUGGAUCCCCACAGCCAUGAAAUUUGGACGAAAGAUUGUUUACAUCCUCAGCUUGGUCUUCGUACUCGCUAGUGGAAUCUGGGGCGGUGUUUUCAGUGGUGUUGCACAGUACUACAUCAUGAUGACUGUCAAUGGUAUUGGUACCGCAGCCUAUCAAGCCCUAAUUCAGCUAACGCAGCUUGGUUCCAUCAUUGGCUUGAUUUGUGGUGGUUAUAUCUCCGAUGGCAUCGGCUGGAGAUGGAGCCAGCCCAUCGUGGCAGGAGCAUGCGCUUGCUUGAUUCUUCUCUUCAUCUUCACUUUUGAUGACACCAUGUUCCCGAGAUACCGGUUCUCAGGCGAUACAUCGUCUGAGGACUCGAAGGUCGACCCCACCACUACAGUGCCCAUGGACGACAAAGACCAGAAGAUGGAAGCCCCUAUAUCCGUCGUAGCCAGCCAUAGUGCAGGGCAGAUCUCAAUGCCCCCGCGGACCUACCGCCAAAAAAUUGCUUUAGUGCACUAUUUUAAAGAUGACCAUACAACCUGGUUCCAGUAUUUUCGCCGUCCAUUCUUCCUCUUCGCCUUUCCCAACAUCCUCCUGGCAGGGAUUCAAUUUGCCCUAGGCUGCACCGCCGGAAUUGUCUCCUUCAACACCAUCUCCGAAAUCAUGACCGAGCCGCCAUACAACUGGAGCGCUGGUCCCGCCGGGCUGAUCUUCCUAGCUGCCCUCGUCGGCAACUUCAUGGGAAUGGGCAUCGGUUCGCUGUCUGACUGGCUUGUCAUCUUCCUCGCCCGCCGCAACAAGGGGUACAAGGAACCCGAAAUGCGUCUCUGGGCUUACGGACUCCCCAUAAUCCUCGCCGCUGUCGGCUACUUUCUCUAUGGCUGGGGCGCCACCGAGGGUGCCCACUGGAUGACCAUUGCCGUCGGUCUCUGCUGCAUGAUCGCACAGCAGGUCUCUGCCACGAGUAUCGCGACUGCGUACGCAAUGGAAUGCUUCGAUCAGUUAUCUGGAGAACUAGUCAUCAUUCUAGCCUGCUGCUCCUCCAUCAUCAACUUUGUCAUUUCCUUCACGGUCCAGGACUUCAUUGACGGCACCAACUAUGGCUGGACUUUCACCUUCUACGGCAUCUUGGUCGUGCUCUCCAUGCUAAUGGGCGUCCCGAUGCUAAUCUGGGGAAAGAGUUGGCGCCGCAAGUGCAAGCCACGAUAUGAGCAGUUCCUCGCCGAAAAGGAUCUUCAUUGA